GAGUCGGAAGAAGAUGAGAUCCUGACACUGCGACCCCUCUUCGAAGAGACUUUGGUCGACCCGACAGCCCACGAGCUGGAAUUCGAUUUUGGACACGGUCUGCAGUUCCGGCUCCUUCAGCGCCCCGAAAGCUUCGCCUCGCAACGUUUUGGGACGUCUCUUUCGUGCGCGCCCACGGAGAGAGGGCGGCGCACAGGCUGCAUGGUCUGGGAUGGGGCCGCCGUGCUCUCUGGGAUGCUCGCUGCGGAAGGGAGAUCCGUGGAGCAUCCGGGCCGGGAAGUGCUGGGAGCCUGGGCAUCCGCCGCAGGGCGCGGGAUUCUGGAGCUGGGUGCCGGCGAGGGGGGCCUCCCCGGUAUGGUGGCCUCCCGGGCCUUCGGCUGCCAGGCGAUCCUGACAGACUUGGAGGAUGUCGUGCCGCAGCUGGCGGAAAAUGUGGCGCUGAACUCGUCAACUGCCCUUGUCCAGGCCCUGCAGUGGGGGGAAGAUGCUGCAGUGGAGUGGCGGGGCCUGCAUCCGCCCUUCGGCCUCCUCCUUGCCGCGGACUGUCUCUACGACACGGAGAACGUUCCGCCCUUGGUGGAUUCCCUCUGCGCCCUCUCCGGCCCGCAGAGCGAGGCCCUGGUUUCCUUCGACACCGCCCUGGGCCGUUGGGGCGCGUACGCCGCCUUUGAAGCCCUCGCUCGG